AUGACAAUAUUUGAAAAUAGAAUCUAUAGAAUAAUAGUAGAAUAUCUUUGGUUUGAUUAUGAAAAUAAUAAAAGUUAUGCAAGAUCACUUAGUAUGAUAAAUUGGUAUUGUCAUGAUGUCAUUUGUUCGCUGAAUACUAGCUUUCAAGGAUCAUCUCAGAUCAUAGAUGAAUUGUUAAAGUCUCAUUUUAGAAUUAAAACAGAUGACAAUCUAAACAGAUGUUCAUUGUUUAGUAAUCUAUUAGAGUUGUACUGUAAUGUUGGUGAACUUAGAGAGGUGACCAGAGAUGGUUUGAAGUUAAUUGCACCAACAAUCAGAUCAUUGAAAUGUGCUCAUUCAGAUAUUAAAUUGAUGAUCGAUUUAGGAAUGAAUUCACUUGAAAGUUUGGAGUGUAAUGUAUUCGUAAAUAAAGUUAGCGAUUACGAAGAUAUCAAGUUAUUAUCACCCACACUGAAACAUCUCAAGAUCGGUGUUGGUAUGGAUUUCCAUGAUGCUUAUCAAAGUGUUAGAUACGAAGAUUUCGUUCCAAUUACCAAGUAUUUGGUAUCAGACCAUUUCCAACAUUUGACAUCACUCGAAAUUGAAGACACCAAUUUAGAUUCCGGUGACUAUGGUUACUUUCUAAUGCUCGAUAGCUAUUCAUCAAUGUUCUUCAAUGGUUUACUCAAAUUCAAAUCUUUGGAGCGUUUGGCAUUAAACAUUUCUUUUAAAAUCCAAUCUUUUGAACCGAUGGAGAAAAUGGAUGCAUUCCAAGCGAAGUUAUUAAACUAUCUUACGAGCCAAAAGUCUUUGAAAAGCCUAGUAUUACCGUUGUUUGAAUCUCCAAAGCAAAACACCUCUUGUUUAGACUAUCUUUUCCAAGAGUCAUCAAUUGAAAGACUUCAUAUCGAUUGGCUUGCUUUUCAUUGCCUAGUGACACGAACUACACUUCAACAUUUUACAAUCGGGGUAGAAGAUCAAGAUAUCGAGAUGUUGGCAUUGGUAAGAGAAUUGGAUAACCGAUCAUUCAUAACCAAUACCUUUGGAGGAAUCACCAAGCUUCUAAUCAAACAACAAGAUCUUCAACAGCAAUAUGGAUUUCCAGCAGAUAGAGUACUAACCUGUAAAGUACAAAUGAUCGACAAUCAAAUCGAUGAAGAAUUCCUAAAGACUCUCAAGAAUAAUAGAACUCUUAGAAGAAUCUACAUUGAAAUUAUAUGUCAGAACGAAGGCAACAUUAAACCAGAGUUUAUUCACCUUAAACCUAUAGAUGAUAUUAUUAAAAGUCAUCCAACAAUACGCAAUAAACAUAAUUGGUUAUUAUAA